AAUUGCCCUAAAUAUUUUAUAUAUUUUUUUAUUUUGUGUAAAAGAAUAAUUUAUAAAUCACCUUCGACUUUUUGUGGUUUUGUGGGUGAUAAUCGUGAACUGCAAACACAAUUAAGUAUGACAUAAAUAUUGUGUUUUUUUUUAAUUAAAAAAAAAAAUUAAAAAGAGUUUCUGAAAAAAAUAAAAACUCAAGUUAAGUGUAUCUUGUAUAUUUUUAAACAAGACAAGACAAAUCCAUAACAAAACCUUCGCGGUUCAAAGACACGAAAAACAAACAAAAAAAAGUGCACCAGGAGCUCACUGCAAUAUUGGCAAACUGCAAGAGACAUUGUUUGCAUUGUUAAUUGCAUUAUUCGACGGGCGGCAUUUAGUUUCGGAUCGAAACAAAAAAAAAAAAAUAAUAAACGAUUUUUUACCAUCGUUUAUUACGUAAAACUUUGUGAACCAAUCUUCUUCUUCAUCAUGGAUGCAAAGGUACUGGUUGUCCUUUUCAUUGUUGUGAAUUGUUACUCAAGUUGUGGAGCUGCCCUGAGACGAACACCAAAAGUCUACAAUGCUCUUAUAACCACCGAUGAAAAUCUCACAUCAAGCAGAGCUUAUCCGGUGAUUCAGCCAACGAUUCAUGAAACUGGAAUUGCUAGCUACCCCUACGGACCCUAUAAUCCCUAUGGACUCUACAGUAACUCCCUAUUAAGAUUCCCACCACCUCUAGUACCAGGAUUAACACCGAGAAGCCAGCUUCCUUAUCCAUUCCAACCACCAGGUCCUCGCUUCCAACCUCCUCAAGCACAAUUUCCUCAGCAAUAUCCCCAGCAAUAUCCACCUCCAGAAGAACACGAACUACCCCCAUCUGGCCCAUCACCAUCCCUUCCACCAUCCGGUCCCUCACCAGAACUUCCUCCAACAGGUCCACCAUCUGGACCCGAACUGGAACCUCAAAGCCAAAACGAAGUCAUUCCUCCACCAUCAGCACCCGGUCUAGAAUCAGCUCCAAUUCCAAUCCAAGAACCAAAACCUCAACAAAUUCAACCAAGUGAAAAACUUCCAAUUCCCCUCAAUGAAUAUGGUUUGCCACCAAGUCUAGUUCCAUUGCAACCCUAUCCUCAAAGAAAUCGUCAACCUCUGCCAUUGAACUUUUCACCUUAUCCAUAUCAAAAUUUCCCUCCCCUCUAUGAACCAUACAAUCGUUUCCAUGAACACUUUCUACCUCCAUAUGAUUAUUUCCCAAGUAAUAGUUUUGGCAUUGCUGCACCUCCCAAAGCAACACCAGCGCCCCCAACUCAACCACCACCACCAAGUAAAGCACCAGUAAUUCCUCCACAGCCCACUCCACCACCACCACCAGCAACAACACCUGCACCCACGCCUGCACCAACACCUGCCCCAUCAGAACCUGAACCAGCACCACAAGUUCCAUUGGAAAGUAUAAAGAAUGGUUCACCAAAUAAAAAUGCUGAAGUUCCAGAUGUUCCACCACCACCAAUACCAUCUGGAGCUAAUUCAGCGAAUAAGGCUUAAAUUAGAUUUUAGAUAUUAAAAAUAGAAUUUUAAGUUAUUAUCCAAAAUGUAUUAUUGUAUAAAAAAGAAAAAAAACUCUAAUAUAAGUUUGAAAUUUUAGCAUGAAAUCAUACUUGUUUGUCGAAAUAACAGACAGGAUGUGUUUUUUGUGUCAUUUUUAAUUAUGCUCGAUAAAUCGAUUAACUUAUUCCUAUAUUUAGUUUAUUUUUAUUUUUUACCAACAACAAAACAAUUGUGCUUUAUUUUUUCUAACUUUAAUAAUUAAAGAAUUUAAAAAUA